GCGCUACGCGAACGCGGGUGGCAGCUGGGUCUCCGAUCCUGGGGAGAGCCGGGCCCUCGAGUGGGGCGGGAUUCCAAGAUGGCGACACCGGCCCCUCAACCUCUGGUUUCCGUUCCCUCCAGGCACCCGGUGGAGUUCGGGGAGGGGUCCCGAUGCUGGACCCCAGCUGGUGACCCGGUCCAGCCAGAGACAAAGCAUCCGGCAGCAGAAGAGCAUGGAGCAGCCCACUUUGCCCCGGCAGGGGGCAUGUCCCCGAGCCAGGGCCUGUCCGACCCAACAAAACCUCGAGUUCAUGAAUGUGCCGGAGCAAGGCGUCGCCGGCUUGCAGAGGCGGAUGUCCAAGGAGGUGAGGCCAGUCCCCGGGGGAGGCCGAGCCAAACCGCAGCCCAAAGCCCGGCUGAGGCUGGCGAUGUGCCGGGCCCUGUUCGCCUACGAUGCCCAGGACACCGACGAACUGAGCUUCAACGCAGAGGACGUCAUCGAGAUAGUGAGGGAAGAUCCAUCGGGCUGGUGGGUCGGCCGAAUCCGAGGGAAGGAAGGGCUGCUGCCUGGGAACUACGUGGAGAAGAUAUGAAUCCGGAGGGGACCUGAGCGGACGAGCCGGAUUGGGAAGGGGGAGGGGGAGGGGCGCUGGAUCCGUGGCGUCCCUCUCCCGACGAGGACAUGUGGCCGGCGAGACUGGCGGCAGGGAGGAGGGAAGAGGGCAAGGGGCCCUGAACCUCCGAGAGUCGGGAAAGAGAUGGUCACUGUAUGGACUGCGAGGCAACACCCCCACCCCCCAGCUCCUCUGCCCCGCCCUGACUCGCGAGGCCGAUGUAACGGUCAGCCGCAAAGUCCAGCUGAGCGCGGAGAGCCGCACCAGGCUGAGUGUCCGCCAUCAGAGGAGGAGCCUCUCCUCCCCGCACUCCUCCCACUCCUCACACAAUCCCCGGCCGCCACAUCGUGCCUGCUGCAUCAGUGCCUGCCCCCAUGUUAUCAUUUUUAUUAAUAACAGACAGAGAGAGAAAAUAAAAAUAAUAAUAAUUGAUUGCUGAAAA